AAUCAGCAGAAUUUAUGCUUCCACCAAAUAAGAUCCAUAAAAUUGACCUGCACCAAGCAAUAAUAAAAGAAGGACUGACAAACAAAUAUGUCCAUAAUAAUCUGAUUGAUUUAUCACAAUUCCACAUCAAAGAUAUGGCUAAGGUUCUCAAACAUCUUGGUAACGAAGUUAUAGUUGUUAAUGAAUUUACUGCACUUUUUGAUACUGCUUGUUUUCUUAAGAACAAUGAGAAAAGUUGGAUAGACUUACAAUUUAUCCAACAGCCAAAGGGGAAAGAACUUCCAGUAAUUAGAAUGCCAAUAAUUUAUGUACGAGAAUCUUAUAGAGAACUUUAUGAUAUAAUUCAUUCUUCAUUGACACGUGGCCUCCUCACUGGUACAUCAGGAAUUGGUAAGGCAUGUUUCCUUAUCUACACUAUCAUCAGACUCUUGAGUGAGAGUGAUGAAAACAAUCCUCAAAUCAUCUUCUUCAAACCUAUAAGUGAAAAAAAAGACAUAUUUUAUUGUUUUGUUGGAACAUCGUUCGUUCGUUCUGGAGUAUAUGAAGAUUUUAAAGUGUUCUUCAGGCAUCCCAAUGUAUGGUACUUUAUAGAUGGACAUAAAGACGUUGAAGUAGUUAAUGCAAAGACCUUAGUCAACUUAUCAUCAAAAAGUCUAGCAAGCACUUCUAAUUCAAAUAAUGACAGACAAUAUCAAGAAUUUGACAAAGUACUUUUAGAUAUUUUUUAUAUGUCACCUUGGAAUGUAGAUGAACUUGAGAUAUGUUGA